AUGCAGGCCACGCUCGCCGUCGGUCGUGCUGACCUCACGGACCUACAUGCUCGCGUCCACACCGCCAACGAGCUCCUCCAAAUGCUCCUCCAAGCCAUGCAGGACCAUGACAGUCGGGACCUCCCUGCGGCGCCUGACUACGGAUGGAAGCGCGAGCCCGCCGGUGAGCUGUUCCCGGGUGCUCAGGCUAGGGGCUUGUUCUGGCUGGACCACUUCGUCUACGCCGCCGCGCAGUUGAACGCGACGUUCGCGCCGAUGAUUGAUCGCGUCGGGUUCAGGAUGCUGCGGUGGAACACCGGCAGAGGAAAGGAGAAGGAGAAGUGGUACGUGUCGGCGCUGUUGGAGAAGCCCGUGACAUGA